UUAUUCAGAUUGAUUCGCUCCAGGUUGUCAGAGAUCAGCUGUUCUUCUCUGGCCUCAGCUCUGAAGUCCAACCCCUCCCAUCUCAGAGAGCUGGACCUGAGCAGAAACGUGAAGCUGCAGGAUUUAGGAGUGAAGCUGCUGUGUGAUUAUCUGCAGAGUCCAAACUGCAGACUGGAGACUCUGAGAUUGAUGAACUGCAGUUUGUCAGAGAUCAGCUGUUCUUCUCUGGCCUCAGCUCUGAAGUCCAACCCCUCCCAUCUCAAACAGCUGGACCUGACCUCGAACGUGCUGCAGGAUUCAGAUGUGAAGCUGCUGAAAGAUCUUGAGAAAAAUCCAAACUAUCGACUGGAGACUCUGAGCUGGUGAUGAUCUCUGACAGAAUGUGAGCCAUCAGGACGCUGGUGGUGCAGAGAGGAGCAGCUGUGUCCUGAUGAUCCACAGAGGAUGAACCUCCACCAUCUUGUGGGUGGAAAAGCGCUGCAAGCUGAGGAGAGCUUCAUCCAUCAGGGACUGACAGAGGAAUCACAUCAGAGUUAAUUUCAGUUAUAUUUCUAAUGAAUUUGUUCUCCACACAUUACAGGAGUGGAAGGUCAAACAUGAAACAGCUAGUAGAAAUGUUAAGGGAUCAAACUCUACCAAGAAAUGCUGCAGUUAUUCUUCUCAUGUGAUGAUUAUUUUGAUUCUAUUUCUUACAAAAAGUACAAACCAGAACUUGAUCAUAUGUAACAUGUAUUAGAGUAAUAUCCUCUUUAAAACAUGCCCUGCACUCCUAAAACUUCCUGACCUCAUCAGGCUGAGCUGCAUGUGUGAACAGCAAGUGUCCUUUCACACUAAUUAUCAAAUCACUACGCGUUGGCUCCAGAAUUUGUGUUUGACUCUAAUGGUUAAAAAAACGGUGUUUUUACAUUUUUCUUCUGGUCGACAUCGCGCAUCAACUGCAUGAGAUGUUAAGAUCAAUGGUCGCUCAAUGAGUCAGGUUUCUGAGGUCACUUAUGGAGGUCUACUGCUGGAUUCUUGUCUGACAUUCCAGUUAUAGUCUGAGGAAUAAUCCCGGUUUCACCAUUAUCACCAUUAUUUUGCAUGAAUUUCACAUUACAAACAUUUGUAAAAUCACACUAAACAGUAAAUAGACUUGAGCUUCUUUAUUUAUUUUCUAGUCUUCUGACUACUAAAAGCACUUUUACACAUUCAUAUGCCGCCAAUGAAGCAGCGGAAGCAACUUGGAUUUAAGUGUCUUUCCCAAGGACACAUCGGACAUGUGGCUGCAGGAGCUGGGGAUCAAACACUCGACCUUCCUGUUGAGAGACGACCGACUCUACCACUGAGCCACAGCCAUCUCUCCCUUCUGAAUCUGAAGCUUUGUGAAAAAUAUAUCUAGUUGGCUUUUUUCACUUAAACUGUUGCUGCCUUUUGAAGCAUAAAUGAUAAUUGAACAGUGAUAAUAAAACAUAAUGAACUUCAGAACACAGA